AAUGUCUGAAGAUAACUAUAAUGUUCCAGCCAGCAAAUUCAUUCCUUUGUUAAGAGAAAUAGUAGAAGUUGCUGAUAAACUCGCAGAAUUUUACCAAAAUGUAAAGUAUAAAUACAGACAGCAGACAGCCCGUGCGUCAAUAAGCAGUUUAGAAAUUUGUGCGAAUGAAUUUCCUGAAUCCAUUGAUUUUUUUACUUUAAAAAAUAAUAUAAUUUUACGGAAUUUUAAACAUGUAAUUAGAAAAUUUGAAGAAUUCAUUAGAAAAGUUCAAGAUAUCCACAAUUACCGAUUAUUUUUUGAACCAAAUUUUAUAAAAAAUGAAUUUUAUGGACUUAUAAAUGAAUUCGAUGAAUAUAUGAAAUUAUUAAAAUUUUCAAUACCCAUCGAAAUAUCAGCAAAAAAUAUUGACUUAAUAAAUAAAGACACUGAUGAGAUGAAAGAGUAUCUACGAUCGAUUAUAGAAAGUACUAAUAAAGAACAAAUAAAUAAAAUAAAAGAGAUCAAAUUAAGUGACAAUGAGUUACUACAAAAAAUUAACAUGCAUAUACAGAAUGUUGAAAAUUUCAUACGAAAUAAAGAUGCAUAUGACAAGCCAAAAAAGCAAGAUCUUAUCCGUAAAGAAAUUAGUACGAGUGCAAUUCUUGAUCCUGAUGACUUCAUUAUUGAUGAACAAACACAAGCUCCGCUUAAGGAAUUAGAAUUUAAAAUAAAAAGGUCAGGUAGACUUGAUCUUCAAAUUGGAAUUUUGAAAACUAUUAAUGGAUCACAAGAUAUUAUUCAAUACAUCGGCCUUGUUACAAUUAAUUCUCAGCAAUUUCUCGUUACUGAAUGGGCUGAAUACGGAACACUGCGUGAAUAUUAUGAAAUGAAAAACCCUGAUAUCACUAUCCGAGCGAGACUUGCUUUGGAAAUUGCACAUAGUGAUCUACCGAUGUUAUCAUUUGAAGAAGCAGUUGAGCUUACAAAUCUUAAGAGUGGUUCUAAAGAUUCUAAAGAAAGAUCUUGGAAAACAAUUGCUAAAUAUUCAGAAACGGAUAAUGAUUUUACAGCAAAAUAUUGGAAAGGAUAUUAUCUUUUUUAUAAAUUAAUUGACUUUCCAUACUCUGAUGAUGAAAGAAUGCAGCUUACUACUGAUGCAUUUAAAGAAGCUGCUGAUGGUGCAAAUACUCGGGAUGCACAAUUUAUGUACGCUUCAUGUAUUUAUAAAAAAGAUCCGUACAUGGCGAUAGAAUAUUUUGAAAAAGCAGCUGAACAAAAUUAUACAGUUGCGAUGCAUAAUUUAGGAUUGUUAUAUUAUAAUGGCAAGUAUGUUGAUGCCGACAAAAAGAAAG